AUGCCGUCCAGCCUCAACCCUGAUCCUACCAUCCUCCAGUUACCUGAAGCAGUAGCUUCAAAGCUGAAGACAAUCAGAUUUCAUCACCGGGGGGAACAAGAGAGGAUACGGAGUCAAUUGAGCCCUCACAUCGAUUUGGCAUGUCAAUUCGUGACCUCCUUUGAUCGAAUCAUCUUUGACCUACCUUUCUAUGAUAGCUUCAAGAAGUAUGCACCGGUUUAG